GCACACACAUACACUAGAGGUCCGAAAAGGAGCCCCGCUCCCUGCUCUAAGAACGUGCCUGUGGAAUGCCUGGCUCCAGGCUCAAGUCGAACAGCGGUUGCGAACUCCAGGUCCUCGCCAAGCCACAACCGGUGGUAGGACCCGCCCCUCCUACGUCAUUCAGCGUUUCCCCUAAGCCAUGCCCUCUCCCUGACUCCGCCUGCAGCUUAAGUUGCGGUCCUGGUAGGCCACGUCUCCCUCAACAGGCCCUGCCCCUAUCCAGGCCUGCCCCGCCCACCCGGCCGCUUCUCAGUUGCGCAAGGCCGGCCCCCCAUUCCCCCUUUUCCUGGCCACCUACUUACCGUCGAGGAUUGCGCCAGCCGGCUUCGCGGCCCCGAACGACGCCCGACGAGGCGGACUUCGGGUGCUGGUCAUGGGUCCCUUACACAGCCGCCGCUAACGGCCCCCAUCCUGCCCGGCCCGGAACCUGCGCUCGGCUGGGACCCAAAGCCCGGCGGUCGGAGAGCGCGUGCUCGGGUUGGGGCCUCACGCACGUCCUGCCCAUCGCGCCCAGUGCUUCGGCACUUCCUCCGCGAAGCCCUACUAUGUCCUCCCGAUCCCCUCUCCGGACCCUGAUUGGGACGUCUACAUUCCUUUUCUUCAGGCUGGGGGUGCAGGAAUCUGUCCGGUUUGUUUGCCUGCCCGUCGCAGCGCUCAGCCAGCACUGGGAGGAACACAGAAGGUGCCUAAUGAGCGUGUGAACCCAUAUGGUAGGACAGGGUACCAUGCGUGAAGAUAACAGUAACAGCAGCGGUAACUCCUUUUUAUGCGCGCUGUCCCCCAUCUACCCAGGCUGGGUGUUUUCAAGCACCCCUUGUUCCAUCCGCGCCCCAGAUGAAUGCAGGGAAGCUGGUCUGCAUUUCCCAAGUGAAGAAAUUGAAGCCAGAAAAAAAAAAAAAAUGGAUCGCCAUAUAUGGAAAGAACUGAGAAUUCCUUCCACCUCCCCAACCACUGAACCGCCCUGUCUGUCCUCAUGGGCGGGACGGAGAGGCGUGCCCGGGAGACUCCCGGGACCAAGAGAAGCCUUGGCAACACAAACCACGGUGUUGCAGCAACAGGCCAGGAGGUGAGGCUGCACUGGCCUUGAGGCAGCCAGAGUACCUUCUGUCUAUGGAGUAUGCAGCAGCCCCAGGCCCCAGGCCAGGGGCCCCACCUGGGCCCACUAAGAAAGUUCUACCACUAACUGAGGACUGGCUGCUAGGAGUCCCUGGAGGUAGCCCAGCUGGGACCACCAGUCUUAAGACAGAGCUUCCCUCAGAGCUAGAGCUGAGUGAGCAGCAGCAGCUGCAGGUGAGUGUGGGGGCCCUGAGGAGCUGGCAGGAGGGUGGGUGCCUGCAGGGUUCCACAGGUACCACCUCUCGCCCUGGGCACCCACAGAUCUCUAAGGAGCUGGUCGACCUGCAGAUCACAACCCAUCGCCAGCAAGAACAACAUGAGGCUGAAAUCUUUGAGCUGAAGAGUGAGGUCCUGCGGUUGGAGAGCCGGGUGCUGGUGCUGGAGCUGGAGCUACACGGAAAGCAUGCAGCCCCAGCAGAGGCUGAUCCAGAGCCCCGCCAGGUGCAGCCCAAGGACUUCUGGACCCCUAAGGACAAGCAGCAGAAGCUAGGGAAUGGCCUGCAGAGAGACAUGAAGCAGGCACUGGAGCAGCAGAGGGCCCGGCAGCAAGCACUGGAGACACACGUGGUAGCCCUGGGCCAACAGCUACAGGGAGCCCAAGAGAAAGCCAAGACAGCUGGGCAACAACUAGCUGCACAAGCCAUGGUGUUGUCCACCUGCCAGGGCCAGCUCCGCCAGACCGAGGCUGAGAACGCCCGGCUACAGCUGCAACUCAAGAAGCUGAAUGAGGAAUACGCCAUCCGGUUGCAGCGUUGUGUCCAAGCCCUGGCAGAGUACACAGAUGGUGCAGGCCAGGCACCUACAGCUGCAGCCCUUCAGACAUUCCUCAAAACCACUCUGGAGGACAUCCGGGAAGCGCACCACAGUCGUGAGCAACAGUUGGCCCGGGCUGCUCGAGACUACCGCAAGCGUCUGGCAGAUCUGAGCCGAAGGCAUGAGGAACUGCUGGUCAGCCACAGUGUACAGCAGGCAUUAUUGCACCCCAACGGGGCACCUGAGAUCCCCAAAGCUACCUUUGAUGCCGCCACCUUGGAUCUGAAGCCACUGCCCCUGCACUUGGUCACCAAGCUCAGCCACCUGCAGGAGGACCAGGCAAGGCUGGAGACACAGCUCCAGGCUCAGGUGACCCCUCUCUGCUGCCCCAUUCUGGCCUUAGGACAAAGAGCCCAGACUCCCUCUAGAGCCUGUCCCAGGCUCAGCAAAGCCCCCACCCCAGGGCCUCCGAGUAGCUACCUUGUUCUGCCAAAGGACUCAAAGGGCUCAAGACACUGCUCUUGUUCCCACAGAAGGGACCUGGAGAAGCUUCCCAGGGGAGCACAUCAGAGCCACAGUGAGUGUCUUGCUGUGGUUGUUGUGGGGACCAGCAGGGGCCUGGAAGCUGCAUCCUGGGCCCAUAUGCAUCAGAAGCUCCGAGACUUCUUCCGUGGCACCCAGGCAGAACUGGAACAGGAGCGGGCACAGCUGCUAGUCCGGGCCACGAUGGCUGAAGAGCAAGUUUCUGAGCUCAAGGAAUAUGUGGACCAGCACCUAGGCAGGUACAAGCAGGAGAUCCUAAGGCUGAGGAAGAUUAUAGGUACAGAGGACCUCCAGAAAGUGGGGGCUGCACCUCCAGCCAAGCCUCAGCGCCCAAGGACUCGCAGCCGCUAGCUGGUCAUCAGAUAAACUCAGAGCACAGCU